AUGCUUGCAAACCGAACAUCCAUGGAGCGCGUCUCCAUAGGUGACGAUAUCAUCAAGGAGGACAUCAUCCGGACCGAAAUUGAGGAAUCCGGAAAUGGUCUCGGGCAAGUGAUCCCCAAGCCAGAAAGCAUUCGCGACAUGACCCCGGAAGAGCUGCAGGGACUCGAAACCCAGAUGGUGCGCAAAGUCGAUAUGGUCAUUAUGCCAAUCAUGGGAGUGCUAUAUCUACUCAACUAUGUCGACCGAUCCGCGCUUGCAUCGGCCAAGGUCUAUGGUAUUAUGACCGACCUGAACAUGACCACCAAUGAUUUUGCGUCUGCCAUCUCCAUCCUUUUCGCCGGUUAUAUCCCCUUCCAGAUUCCGUCUAAUCUUCUCAUGAGUAAAAUUUCUCGUCCUGGUUUGUAUAUCUGUGCUGCCGCUACCGUUUGGGGUGUUGUCAGUGGCUGUACCGGCGCUGUUCGGUCAUAUCAUGGCCUUCUAGCAAUCCGUGUGCUAUUGGGAGCUACCGAGGCCGUCUUCUUCCCUGGUGUGAUUUAUCUUAUGAGUGCAUGGUACACCAAGAAAGAACUUGGAAAGCGACUAGGAGCGUUGUUCAUCUUCCAGUCCAUUGGUAGUGCGUUUGGUGGAUUUAUUGCUGCUGCUUGUUUGACUCUGGAUGGACGUUAUGGUAUCGCUGGUUGGAGAUGGCUUUUCAUCGUCGAGGGAGCUACAACAGUCGGCUGUGGCCUCGUAUCUGCCAUGUUCAUGCCCGAAUACCCACACAAAGCGCGUCUCCUGAAACCCAUCGAGCGCGACUACGCCGUUUGGCGUCUGGAAAUGGAGGCCGGUGCUGGCGAGGCCAAUGACGAGAUUACGGUCUGGAAGGGAUUCAAGAUGGCAUUCUCUGAUCCCAAGAUUUGGGCUUUGGUGUGGUGUAUGGGUAUGAGUCAGGCUAUGGGCUCGACUGGAAACUUCUUCCCAACUCUUGUCCAAACUCUGGGAUACAACAAGAACAUAACCCUCCUGCUCACGGCCCCUCCUUAUAUCGUUGCAGCCAUUGCAAGCUGGGGAGCGGCCUAUAUUAGCGAUCGCAUGAACAUCAUCCUCCCCAUCCUCCUCGUCAGCCUCUCCCUCGCGGUAGUCGCGUACGUGAUCUGCCUCGCCUCCCUGACCCUCGGUGCCCGCUACUUCGCCAUGAUGCUGAUGCCAUCCGUCAUCGCCUGCCCACAGGCCAUGCUCUUCAAGACCCUCAAUAUCCAUAUGGCUCGUCCGUACCCCAAACGCGCAGCUGGAGUUGCCAUGAUCAACGCUAUUGGCGGAAUAUCAAACGUUUGGGCUAGUUAUCUGUAUUAUGAUGGGCCGCAUUAUUAUGCUGCUUUUGCUUGCACAAUUGGCUGUGCGGUUUCCUUUUUCAUUACUCUUAUGGUCUAUACAUGGCACGUUCGUCGGUUGAAUAGACUUCUUGGAGGAACCCCUGAGGAUCAGCGUCAUGCCAUGAAGCAUGGUGUCACUAAACAACAGGGAGACUUGGGUUGGCGGUUCUUGGGUUGGCGGUUCUUGGGUUUCUAA